GGGGUCCGCUUGGAGGCGGGCGACGAGGCCGUGGUGGGCGGUUUGAACAGGAUUCGCGAGCGUCGUCUAUGUCGCGGAGUCGGUCGGUUAUCGAUAUAACUAGUGGUUCCGCUAGUCGCCAUGUAUCCUCGGAUGAGAGUGAUACGGAGACUAUACUCCCCAUUGACCAGAUCGAGGUCGAUAGCGAUGAGGAGUUGGGUGAUGUCGCGGAUAGUAAGAAGGGAAAGGUUCCCUUGCGGUACGCGAACCGCGAGAAGGGCCUGCGGCCCGUUCGUGUUGAGCGCCGUGAGCACGAGGAACGGGUGGUCAGUGUCAACAUGGAGUCCAGCACGAGUAAACCCGCCGAAGCGGAAACCAAGGCUGAGGAUGAAGUGGAGGAAGUUCGUGCGAAGAAGACAAGGCCCGAAGAUGAUUCCCUCUUCGUGCGGGAUGACGACGUGAUUGAGCCUCAGGUGAAAGAGGAACCUGUUGAUGAAGACCAGACAAUGACAGAUGCCGUUCCCCAUGUCGGUGAAGCAACGCACGAUGAUGGCUUUCUUCCAGCGCAAAAGGUCAAAGUCCGCAGACGACUAAGUCCCAAGACUCCCGAGCCGGAACCCGCACCCGCACCUGCACCUCCGUCGAAACCUGCUGUGGCAAGAGAUCCGAGAAGCUUGCUGCGUACAAAGGAAGACAUUGAAGAAUAUGAGAGACAUGCCAAGGAUCUCGAGGCCAUUCUCGAACUUCUUUCCGUCGAGCCCAAAGAGUCCAGGGCAGAGCGAUCGGAGGCGGCUGAAGCGGCGGAGGUCUCAACAGAAGCACCCGAAACGGCAGAGGGUGACAAAGAGAAAGAAGAGGAAGCCGAAGAUGCCGAAGAGGACGAUACCAAAGAUAAACUGGCGGGCCAACUGUUCCUCAUGCAGUUCCCUCCCAUGACACCCAACCUUACCGUCCCCGGCACUGGCGGCGGCACGGAGGAAGCAGCUACAGAGGAGACACAGGCUCUCGAGAGCGGCGAAGUAGAGAUUCUGGACGGAGUGGACGGGACCACAAGCAAACAGCCAUCGAAGAUCGUCACCGCGGCGGACUGGCAGCUUCGCGCCGGAAGGGUCGGGAAGCUGAACGUUCACAAGUCGGGCAGAGUGACGAUGGACUGGGGCGGGAUCAGCUUCGAGCUCGACCGGGCUACAUCGGUCGACUUCCUCCAGGAGGCUCUCAUCGUCUCGGCGCCGGAAGAGGGCAUCCCAGAGGAAGAGAACCGGGUAUGGGCUAUGGGGCAGCUCAGUGGCAAGUUUACUGUCACGCCUGACUGGGAGAAGAUGCUUUAGAUGGGGGUUUUGGCGCAACAAAAGCAUGAGACACAGUCUGUGAUUGGCAUGGCUAUGUCUACGAACAUCAUUGUCUUUUUGGGCGUGACUGUGUGCAUAGGGUAGCGAUUUUGGAACAUGUACAAUGCAUGAUUACGGCCUUUGGAGUUUCAAGAGCUUUAGCUAGACGUCGGAGGUUGUCAACGAG